UGUAGGAAACCCCCUCCCCUGACGCUCAACGUGUAUUUGCGCAACUGACUUGAAUCAUAUUUUUUUUCCAGUUACAAUUUUACACCACCUCUUUCCGCCAUUAAUUCUCUCUCCUUCCUUCACUUUGAUCUUAAUCUCUGCAACAUAUUCCAGCAUUAAAUUAUAGAAUACAGAAAUAUCCCAUCAAAUUAACUGACCCCACCCUCUUUUCUCUCUCCUUUUCCGCCAUUAAUCCUGUCCUUCCUUCACUUUGAUCUUUGUCUUUGCAGUAUUAAUUACACAAGGGAUAAACAUAGGACUAUCAUAGUAUUCCUAGAAAAAAGUGACGUCACCUCGUCUUUUCAGUCUCUUCUUCGAUAAAUCUGCCGCAAUUUUAAUGGGUGUUCUUCAAAUGUGUUGAAACACCUUUCGAUUUCUUCAGUUUGCAGGAUUCCUUGACGAAACAUUUCUUUUGGGUAUAAGCUAAAUUCGGUUUUUGUAAGUUUUCUCCAUACCAGUUUCUCUUACUCACUUAGUUCCCUUCGGUUUGCAAUUCAGCCGAUUUUUUUGUUCCAUUUUUAUUGUUGAAGGUGCAGCUUUUGAUAUUUUUGGGUGAAUUUCAAUAUAUUGAGUUUGAUUGAUUGUAAGGCGAAACGUUUCUUUUGGCCAUUUUCAUGUUGGGUGUUAAGCUUGAAAACAUCAUUUCAAUGGCGCCAAAAUCCAUAUAGAAAGUUUUUGUGGGGUAGCCCAGAUGGAGGAAGACCAUCUUCUGCCAUUGUUAAGGAAGCAAGUACCUCCACCACCUUUAACUUUGUCCUCUCUUCCUGAAUAUGAAGAGCUUUCACUCGCUUUAACUCCUUCUGAGUUCAAAGAUCGACUCAUUUUUGGCUCUUUUCCGUCCUCACCUAAAGACCCCUCAAUCACAAUUCAAUCCCCAUCCUCUUCUUCUUUCUUGGAAGCCCUGUCGCUUUCGGCUUCGCCUUUGCCAUCUCCGCGUCCGUCUUCUGAAUACCAUCAUCUGUCUUUUCUAUUUGACCCACAAUUGUCUCAGCAAUGUCUAGAAUUCCAACACCAACACCAGCACCAGCAGCCGCAGCCGCCUCAGUCGCUGCUGCAGCAGCAACAUCAGCAGUGGUUGAUUGAUCCAAAUUACCAUGGGAAGAAAACCAAUCUGCACAGGUCAAAAACUGCUCCAGCUAUGGCUGUUUUAAAUAGAGGGGAUCAAAAGAAAGGAAGUGAUAAUAAACCACAACCUAGUUCUCAGUCAGUUGUUAUACAAGCUUUUGUGUUGCUUGUGAUAUAUUUGUCAUUUGGGGUUCUUAUAUAUUGGUUCAAUAGAAGACAGUUUUCGGUUACGGAAACUCAUCCAGUAAUUGAUGCAUUGUAUUUUUGCAUUGUGACUAUGUGCACUAUUGGGUAUGGGGAUAUAACCCCCAAUUCUACUACAACUAAGUUGUUCUCGGUUUUGUUUGUGUUGGUUGGGUUUGGAUUUAUUGAUAUUUUGCUAAGUGGGAUGGUUACUUAUGUGUUAGACUUGCAAGAGAAUUAUCUACUUAAGACUGUUAAGGCCGGGAAACAAGAGAAACAGGCAAAGUCGGUGCUAAUUGAUGUCAAGAAAGGGAGGAUGAGGAUUAGAAUGAAGGUGGCAUUGGCAUUAGGUGUAGUGGUUCUAUGUAUUGGAGUUGGGGUGGGUGUUAUGCAUUUCGUUGAGAAACUUGGUUGGGUGGAUUCCCUUUAUCUCUCUGUCAUGUCAGUAACCACGGUGGGUUAUGGUGAUAGGGCGUUCACAUCGAUGUCUGGUCGUGGAUUUGCAUCUGUUUGGUUGCUUGUAUCCACACUUGCUGUAGCCCGUGCUUUUCUUUACUUGGCCGAGGCUAGAAUAGACAAGCGGAAUAGGCUGUUGGCAAAACGGGUGCUUGGUCAGGACAUGACCAUCUCACAGUUUCUUGCUGCUGAUAUGGACAAUAAUGGUUUUGUGAGUAAGUCGGAGUAUGUAAUCUACAAACUGAAGGAGAUGGGAAAGGUUUCAGAAAAAGACGUUCUACUGAUAUGCAAGAAGUUCGAACAACUGGAUGCUGGCAGCUGUGGAAAAAUUACACUAGCAGAUCUUAUGCACAGUCGUCACCGAGAUUUAUUUUAGUAAUCAAAAUGAGGCUGAGAAGGUGAAAGGUGCUGGUCUUUUAUCUGUAAAUACACAACAUCAGUUUCAUUCUCAGCUUAUAUUAGAUCAAGUACAUUAUUCUAAAAUAAUUUUUGGAAAUGAUAAGUGCUCUUUCCUAAAGGAAAGGAGCUGCGAUAUUGUAUGGUUCGAAUGAAUGGGUAAUAAACUAAUAACUAACAAGGCGUCUUAAAUCUUAAUGCUGUGGAGAAGAUUUGUUUAUAUGACAGAUGUCUGAGCUAGGCGAAAGCGUAAUAGGUAUCAAUUUUAUUUUAUUUUGUUUUUGCUGUUGAUUUGAAAGGUUAUUUCAUCCGUAUGA